AUGCCUAGGUCGUUCUUCCCUGGAAGCAUCAAAUUUGACUACCUGACUGCCUUCGUUUUUCCACCAGGAGUGCAGACUGGAGUGCGGAUGAAGUUGAGGAAGAUCCAUGCCUGGAUCGAUUUUCCACCAGGUACCCUGAAAUGCUACAAUCAACUAUUAAAUCUUGUGCUUGAUGAAGCAGUUGAAUUUCUCAGAGAUCAAGAUGAUCCUCUCAAGACUUCUGAUCAGAUGACACCUCUUGGUCUAAUUGUUUGUAGAGGGACUGCUGUUAUGCUUGUUGCACCAACAGAUGGAACUGAUGAGAUUGCAAAUCCAUUUGUUCAAACUGAUGCUGCUUCAUUGAAUUAAAAAUGUAUUUUGAUAAAUGGGAAAUAGAAUCUUGCAAAGUGUUCUUCGCUCUUUUGUACAAAGCAAGACAUUUUGUUUUCAAAAUGCUACGCAAUAGCAAAGUUAGCAAUCAUUUUGUGGUUCUACUACCCUAACGGAUUGAAAGGCAACAUCUUUGGAUUGGAAAUCUUUUCCCCUGCAAAGUUCAAAUGUGAAUGGAAAACUAAGACUGCAUAGUAUAGAGUUUUUCACUAUUCAAGACAGCAGUCCACGGUAUUACGAAGAUUAAAGAAUAUAUAUAACUACGAUUUACAUGUAAGUAUUGUUUGUCAAACUUUCUUUCCACGAAUUGCUACUUUUGAGGAAAAAUAGAUAUGCUUUGGUAGUUGAUGGUUUGUUUUGAGGAAAAAUCAUCAGCACGAUGCCAGGGACAUGAAUGAGGAAUAAAUCUGAGAUGGAAAUUUAUUCUCUAGUAGCAUACCAAAUUCUUGACUAUAAUGAGUUGUACGAAUGUAAACAUAUUCGUGUGGGCCUAUUCUAAUCAUUAGUGAUCACCAAUUA